CACAUUGCAACUCAACUCAGUUACUUAAUCUGCCAUCUUUGUUUGUGGAAGAAGGUGCAAAAAUCGGGUAUAAUAAAUUGUCGGGAAAUAGAAGAGAUAUGGCGGUGUACAAAGAAAUUUGUGUUGGACUUAAUAAAGGCCACAAAGUGACAAAAAAUGUUACCAAACCCAGACCAUCAAGAAGGAAAGGAAAACUUACCAAACAUGCCAGAUUUAUUAGGGACAUAGUUAGAGAAGUGUGUGGAUUUGCACCUUAUGAAAAAAGAACCAUGGAACUUCUCAGAGUGUCUAAAGAUAAGAGGGCACUGAAAUUUUGUAAGAAAAGGCUUGGAACUCACUUGAGAGCCAAGAGGAAGAGGGAAGAACUGUCCAAUGUCCUCAUUGCCCAAAGGAAGGCUGCAGCACACAAGGAAAAGGAGGGAAAAUAGUUGUAUAAAUAGCAUUGAUUAAAAAAAAUUCCAUGUAUAAA